AUGGUUAAGGAGCGAAACGGAACAGCAAAGUUGGACUUUCAAAAGAUAGAGGGGGGAAUACAACAGAAAUGGGAGAAGGAAAGAAGGCUUGAUUGUGACUCACCCACCACUAUUUGUGAAAGCACAUUCAAAAACAAGUACUUUGUCACCCACCCCUACUUGAAUGGAAGGCUGCAUCUCAGUCAUACUUUCUGCCUUUCGAAAUCCUCUUUUGCUGUUGGUUUCCAUUGGUUGAAAGGGAAGCAAUGCCUAUUUCCAUUUGGGUUACAUUGUACAGGAAGCUUGCUGCCUGUGCAAGCAAGCUGAAGUGAGAUAUGGAGGUUCCCUGAUGAGGAGGAAGAGAACCCCAAGUUUGCAGAUGAGUUAAUCUUUAAAGACAAAUCUAAGGGCAUAGAGAGCAAAGCAGUGGCAAAGGCUGUAGAGUCCAAGUUCUAAUGGGACAUUAUGUGGUCUCUGGGGUAGAGUGACAAGGAGAUGGUGUCGUUUGCCAAUAUGGAGCACUGCCUGGAGAACUUCUCACCCCAGGCCGUGAAAGACCAAAAGGAUGGGGAUCCACAGGAUUACACCCUCAUUAAGAUGAAGGUUGUCGAGCCCUACCCUGCAAACUGGAGUGUCCUUAAAAAUCAGAGCAUCUUUUUGGUGGUAGCUACUCUCAGACCAGAGAGCAUGUUUGGCCAGACUAACUGCUGGGUCCAUCCUGACAUCAACUACCUAGCCUUCGAGACGGCCAGUGAAGACAUGUUCAUCAACACACGGAGGUCUACUAGGAACAUGUUUUACCAGGGCUUCACGAAGAAGAAUGGCAAGGUCACAGGGAUCAUGGAACUCUCUCCGUAGGAUAUUCUUGGAUGUGCUCUUAGUGCCCCGCUGCCAUCUUACCAGACCAUCUAUGCUCUGCCUAUGCUCACCAUCAAGCAGGACAACGGCACUGGAAUUGUCACCAGCGUUCCGUCCGAUGCACCCAAUGACAUCGCUGCCCUCAGGGAUAUAAAAAAGAAACAGGUCCUGAGAGAAAAAUAUGGAAUCAAUUUUUUUAUUUUUUUUACAUUUUUCCAUCUGCCCAUCAUUGAGAUCCCUGGCUAUGGGAACCUGUCGGCUCCUCCAGUUUGUGACCAGUUGACGAUCCCGAGCCAGAAUGACCUUGAGAAGCUGGCAGAGGCCAAGAAAAGGGUCUACCUCGAGGGCUUCUAUGAAGGAAUCAUGCAGGUUGAAGGCUAGAAGGGCCGAAAAAUUCAGGACGUCAAUAAACCCAUCCAGAAGACAAUGAUGGAGGAGAAGAAUCUGUGGCAGGAGAGCGAAAACACAGUGUUCUGUGAUGAGACCAGGAAGAACUUUGAGGCCACUCUGAACUGGCUCCAGGAGCACGCAUGUUCUCGUACCUAUGCCCUGGGAACAAGGUUGCCAUGGGACCAGCAGUGGCUAAUCGAGUCCCUGUCUGACUCGACCAUUUACAUGGCCUACGACACCGUGGCUCACUUCCCAGGGGGAGUGCUCAACGGACAGGGACCGUCGUCUCAAGGGAUCAAGCCAGAACAGAUGAGCAGGGAGGUGUGGGACUUCAUCUUCUUUAAGAGCUCUCUCUUCCCGAAGAUGGAGAUCCCCAAAGAAAACCUGCAGAGGCUGAGGAGGGGGUUUGAGUACUUGUACCUGGAUGCCCGUGUGUCUGGGAAUGACCUGGUGCCCAACCACCUGUACAACCACAUGGCCGUGUGGCCCAAUGCCAGCAGAAAAUGGCUGCAGGCAGUCCGGGUGAAUGGUCAGCUGUUACUCAACUCUGAAAAGGCAUGUUUUCCCUUCUCUGAAAGAGGUUUUGUUAACUACAAACAAGUCACCGAUGCACUGAAAUUUCUCUGUCGCCUGCUCUGGCAUCAUGGGACCUUUGUGUUUGACGCCAAGUGUCAUGCACAAAUGCUGUGUGUGUGUGUGUGUGUGUGUGUGUGUGUGUGUGUGUGUUUGUAUGGCAACAUCUUCAUUCUGAGUAUCGCCAUCUCCAAGUUCUCUGCUAACGAGGACACAGUGGAAGACGUUAACUUUGUGGAUGCCAUGGCCGAUGCUGGCGUCCUGCACCUCUACACCUGGGUGGAGUGUUUCAAGGAGAUGAUAGUCAAUCAGAACAACCUGAGGACAGGGCCAGCUUUUGCCAGUGCUCCUGGAGAACAUAGUUUGACAAACUCUCUGGAGCUUGAUCAGAUAGAUGCUGUGUUCGCAUCAGAAGAUGACACAAUAAAGGAGGACUGUUGCCUUGGGAAACCGUUCAGUGUCUUCAGAUCCGAGGAAGACGGACAGACACAUCCUCUUCUUGGUGUGGCAGUGUUCCUGGUCAACCCCCAUCCAUCCAACGGUCUCUUUACCAUCACCAUCAACAUCUGACAGGGCCACAGCAGAGACGACAUCAUCUGCAGACUAUCCAAAGCCAUCAGACUAAUUAAAGACCUGUCCAAAGUGGAGCUGAUGUGCUUUGAGGACCCUGUCCUGGGGCCUCGCCAGGUGCCCAACCUGGGGAGGGAGGAGCAGGGUAAGCUGCCCAUCUCUGACAAGUCUUCCUUCAGCAUCAGCCUGGCCAACCGGAAGGUCCUCAUGACAGACAAUGGCCUCAGCGUGGAUAUAGGAGACACCCUGAUUUACCUGCUACAAUAGCACAGGUCUGGGGCCUGUUUUACUACUUCUAUCACUGGUCUGACAAGGGAUCAUCUAGUCUCAUAGAUAUCAGUGAAUGUAGGAAGAAUGCAUGUUAACAGUAUUUGAACAGGGCCCUGCUCUCUGUGUAGAGGGGUGGGACUGAACCGCUGGGGCUGUAGCAGAAUGACAAGACACUAUUUUCCUGCUGUGUCGGAGGUCUAUGUAGAUAACAUGCACAGCUCUGUGACGUAUAGCCAGGCUGUCAGAAUGUGUGUGUCUGGUAGCGAAGUCAGGUGCAGCAGAGCAGAGAAUUGUUAUUUAGGCAAAAGUGAAAAACGCCCAAAACAGUAAAAAAAAAA